AUGAAGUUCUCCACGUCCACCGUCAUUUCUGCUGUCGUCCUCCCCGCCCUAGUCUCCGCUCAUGAUUUCCAGCACAAUGUUCGCCACGCUGUCCAUGCCAGACAGGCCGCGUCCUCUGCAGCGAGCGCUGCAACUAGCCCUGCUGCGUCCAGCGCCGCUGCUUCCGGUGCUGCCUCGUCGGGCGCACUGACCACGGGAGCGUCCUCCGCUGUGUCCCAGGCCCCGACUGCCUCUUUCUCGCUCCUGUCCAGCAACCCGAAUGCAGUCCCGCUUGCGUCGAUCAACGCGGCUGCCCCUUCGCAAGCCACCGUUCCCCUUGACACUACUUAUGCUGCCGGAGCGACUCCGACUGUGCUCAGCAGUGCCCCGCCCUUGCCCAAUCCGUCGAGCAUCGUAAUCUCUCAAUACCCUGCCCUGGACAAGGUGCCGCCCACCGAUUCGGACGAGGUCAAGCAAUGGAUCCAGGAGGUCCAGAACUCUGGUAUCAAUAUCCCUGGUUUCAGCCCCACCGUAGCAGGUGGCUGCCCAGCCAACCCUAGUGCAGUUUCUGACUCUAGCCGCUGCUGGUGGACCUGCAGCGGAUGCACCCGGGACACCGACAUCACAACUUGCCCCGACAAGCUGACCUGGGGUCUGACCUACGAUGACGGACCGUCUCCUUACACGCCAACGCUCCUGAACUAUCUCGACGAGCAGUCGCUCAAGUCGACGUUCUUCGUCGUCGGCUCGCGCGCUCUCUCGUACCCUGCUACCCUGCAGGCGGAGUACAUGGGCGGCCACCAGGUUGCGGUGCACACCUGGAGUCACCCGCAGCUGACGACCUUGACCAACGAGGAGAUCAUUGCUGAGCUCGGCUGGACUAAGAAGAUUAUCAAGGACGUUACGGGUGUGACCCCUAACAUGAUGAGGCCUCCGUACGGUGAUAUCGAUGACCGUGUACGUGCUAUUUGUACGGCUAUGGGUCUGACUCCCGUCAUGUGGACUCGUAUCAGCACCACGGCAACCUUCGAUACAGGCGAUUUCGACAUUCACAGCGGUGUCACCUCGGUUAGCCAAGUGCUCGCUAACUGGGAGAACAUCCUCGGCAACGCAACCACCAUCAACACGGGUUUCAUCGUGCUGGAGCACGACCUGUUCCAGCAGUCCGUUGAUGUCGCUACCGGCUACAUUCUGCCCGACGCGCUUGCGAACAAGUACAAAAUCCAGCCCGUCGUAAACUGCGUCAACAAGCCCCUGUCGGAUGCGUACAUUGAGACGAACGACAACAGUACAAACCCGCCUAUCGCUUCAGGCGCUGCUACCCUGUCAUCUGGUGCUCCUGGCUCAGCGCAGCAGACUGGCAAGUCUGGCGACGACUCGAAGAACUCUGCGGCGUCGCCAUUAGCGUCGAGCCCUGUGGCGCUUGGGCUGUUCACAGCAGUUGUCAGCUUGCUAGGCAGUGCCGCAGCGAUCCUGAUGUGA